AUGGCGUCUCAGUAUGACCGGGCAAUCACUGUCUUCUCCCCGGACGGACACCUAUUACAAGUGGAAUAUGCCCAGAAAGCGGUAAAGAAAGGAUCCACCGUGGUUGGAAUUCGAGGUGCUGAUAUAGUUGUGCUUGGGGUCGAAAAAAAAUCUGUUGCCAAGCUUCAAGGUGAAAGAACUGUGAGGAAAAUUUGUGCCCUUGAUGACCAUGUCUGCAUGGCUUUUGCAGUAUUGACUACUUUUAUAGGACUGACUGCUGAUGCAAGAGUAGUAAUAAGCAGAGCUCGUGUGGAGUGCCAGAGUCAUAAGCUUACAGUUGAGGACCCAGUCACUGUAGAAUAUAUAACUCGCUUCAUAGCAACCUUAAAGCAGAAAUAUACGCAAAGCAAUGGACGAAGACCUUUUGGUAUUUCUGCCUUAAUUGUAGGUUUUGAUGAUGAUGGUAUCCCAAGAUUAUAUCAGACUGAUCCUUCUGGUGCUUAUCAUGCUUGGAAGGCAAAUGCAAUAGGUCGAAGUGCUAAAACCGUUCGAGAAUUUCUAGAAAAGAAUUACACAGAAGAUGCUAUAGCAAACGACAGUGAAACUAUCAAAUUAGCAAUAAGAGCUUUGCUGGAAGUUGUCCAAUCUGGUGGAAAAAACAUUGAACUUGGUAUAAUAAGAAGAAAGCAACCUUUGAAGAUGUUUAGUGCCAAAGAAAUUGAAUUACAAGUAAAUGAAACAGGAAAGGAAAAGGAAGAAGCAGAGAAGACAAAAUCAAAGAAGACUGCCUAAUUCUGAGGAUAAACA